UUGCCCAGAGACUGACAAAAAUGGGUAAACAUACUGUGAACUUGGACAACAAAUCAGCAGAUGUGAGAGUGAAGCCUUUUACACUUGAAAUGGGAAUCACGUUUCAGCUGCACGUCACUAUUUCUGGAAGGAAGAUCAAUGUUUCAGAAGUGCCUGAGCUAUCCCUUCCUGAAGACUGGAUGAGAGACAAAUUAGAGCUGAAUUUCUACAAGUCUGAAGAGGGAGGAGGAGCAGUAGAAAGUGUGAACUAUGACAAGCAGUCUCGAAGAGCUGUUAUUACAUUCCUCAGACCUGGAGCAGCUAACAGCUUUGUGAGAUGUACCAAACAUCCUUUCGUUGUCAAUGGAAGGAGCUACAGGAUUUCUGUGUCUCCAAACAUCUACACACGCUUGAAAAAGUUUCAGCUCUAUUGUGGGAUUUCUAAGAAGACCAUUCUGUUGAAAGGAAUUCAAGAGACAGAAGAGGAUGAGGAAAGUAUACAGGAUAUGAUUGAAAUUCAUUUUCAAAAGCCUAGCAAUAGUGGUGGGGAAAUAGAGAAAAUCAAAUAUGUAUCCAAAGGAGCAAUAUGUGUUUGUUUUGAGGAGGAUACUUAAAGUGCCACAUAGGAAAUUGUAGAUUGA